CACUGCUGCAGUGGGGACGCAGCCCCGGUGCUCAGCAUCGCCGGGAGCCGGGACGCGCCGCUCGCUUGGCAGCUCUGAGAGGCUCCUGUCGGAGAGGUUCAUCGUUAGCUCGGGCGUCUCGGCUUCUCUGCGCGAGCAGUCUCGGCUUCUCCGUGCCGCGGGGGCUUGUGCUUUGUCUGUUGCCAUCAGAUUUCUGAGGCUCUGGUACAAUGAGCUGCUUGUCAGGCCAGGCACGACUGCAGUAGCAGCAAUUUCAAAAGGCAGGAAGCGUCCGCAGGAGCGGUCUGUAAAGAAUCGGAGCCGGUGGAGUCGCUGGGUUGAAGCUCCCGCUGGCUGCCGUGCCGGUUCCCGUCUCGGGGGUGCUUGGUAGUGCAGUCACAUCAUCCUUGGCAGCGGGCAGCUCCUGAGCGCUCAGGGUUUCCCUGCCUGGGAUGCUCGCUGGAGCAGCAAUGCUGCAGACCCUGUGGCAUUUUCUGUCUAGCUUCCUUCCCAGGGCCAUAUGCCAAGGUCCUGCAGAUGAAAAAGAGGAUGAGGCCAGAAACACCACCCCACUUCCAGGCCCCGGGGAGAAAGGGCCAAAGGUGUUGGGGAAGACACAGGACAGAGGGACUGAUCCCACUGAAAGGAGACCAACUAUCCUACUGGUGGUUGGACCCGCAGAGCAUUUUCCAAAGAAAAUUGUGAAGGCUGGAGACAAAGACCUGGAUGGACAGCUGGAUUUUGAGGAAUUUGUUCACUAUCUCCAGGACCAUGAAAAGAAGCUGAGACUGGUUUUCAAGAGUCUGGAUAAAAAGAAUGAUGGCCGCAUCGAUGCCCAGGAGAUUGUCCAGUCCCUGCGGGACCUGGGGGUCAAGAUCUCUGAACAGCAGGCUGAGAAAAUACUGAAGAGAAUAAGGACGGGACACUUCUGGGGUCCUGUCACCUACAUGGAUAAAAAUGGGACAAUGACAAUUGAUUGGAAUGAGUGGAGAGACUAUCACCUGCUGCACCCCGUGGAGAACAUUCCUGAAAUCAUCCUGUACUGGAAGCACUCCACGAUCUUCGAUGUGGGAGAGAAUUUGACUGUCCCUGAUGAGUUCACAGUGGAAGAGAGGCAGACAGGGAUGUGGUGGAGACAUCUGGUUGCAGGUGGAGGUGCAGGUGCCGUGUCCAGAACCUGCACAGCUCCCUUGGACCGUUUGAAAGUGCUCAUGCAGGUGCACGCCUCGCGCAGUAACAACAUGUGCAUCGUCGGCGGCUUCACGCAGAUGAUCCGCGAGGGCGGCCCCCGCUCACUGUGGAGGGGCAACGGCAUCAACGUGCUCAAGAUUGCCCCCGAGUCAGCCAUCAAGUUCAUGGCCUAUGAGCAGAUCAAGCGGUUCAUCGGCACCGACCAGGAAAUGCUGAGGAUCCACGAGAGGCUCCUGGCUGGUUCUCUGGCUGGGGCCAUUGCACAGAGCAGCAUCUACCCCAUGGAGGUUCUGAAAACACGGAUGGCUCUGAGAAAGACAGGGCAAUAUUCAGGCAUGUUGGAUUGUGCCAAAAACAUCCUUGCAAAGGAAGGAAUGGCUGCCUUCUACAAAGGCUACAUCCCCAACAUGCUGGGAAUCAUUCCAUAUGCUGGGAUUGACCUGGCAGUCUAUGAGACACUAAAAAACACCUGGUUGCAACGCUACGCCGUCAACAGCGCUGACCCCGGGGUCUUUGUCCUGCUGGCCUGUGGCACCAUCUCCAGCACCUGUGGGCAGCUGGCCAGUUACCCUCUGGCCCUUGUGAGGACACGCAUGCAGGCCCAAGCUUCAGUGGAGGGUGCUCCUGAAGUGACCAUGAGGGGACUGUUCAAACACAUCCUGAAGACAGAGGGAGCGUUUGGGCUUUACCGGGGCCUGGCACCCAACUUCAUGAAGGUGAUCCCAGCUGUGAGCAUCAGCUACGUGGUCUAUGAGAACUUGAAGAUGACUCUGGGCGUGGACUCACGGUGACCAGGAGAUGCUGAGGACUUGGAACUCUGAAAUCUUGGGAUGCAAUCCCAAGACAUAUAAGCCAUCUCUCAUUCUGUGAAUGUGUCGACACUAAGCUGACUAAGCAAAGCUGUGAAAUCUCAGAUUGUGAGUCAGUAAGGAACGGGGAGGGGAGGAUCUGGUGUCCUUUGCCAUCUUGCUACUCAGAGCUCCACAUAAACCAUCAUGGGGUCCUUUUUGUUGGGCCUUUUGGGAGACCAGGAGCUGAACUCCUGGGAGUUGC